AUGAUGCAGCGCAAACCGCAGGCUCUUCGUCCGCAGGCCGCGGAACCUUCGCCACAGCUGGAAAGCCCGCUUAAGCCUGACCAGCCCUCCGCGCGGAGGGUCAAGCGGGAAGGCAGAGCAGAAGCAAGCAAGCCAUGCAAGCGGACGCAUUUCGAGCCAAAGCAAGACGUGAAAGAAGAGGAAUUUUCGCCACACGAAGAUGGCUUCGAAGAUGGACACCGCUGGCCCUCCGAAGGGAAAGUUGAGGAAGAGUGGGAAGAUCACCAAUGGACAGAGGUGAAGCAAGAUGAUCUUCAAGGUGAGUAUGAAGCUGACGAGGGCGACGACGGCCAGGGCGCUUCGGAGGGCGACAGAAAGGGACGAAAGCCUGCUCCGGACUUGGACAGGGAAGCCGGUCUGGACCUGAAGGAGCAUCAUCCCAAGGACUCCAUGCGGCGCUUUUUCUCGCGUCACGCUCGUCGACCCGCAGAUCAAAAAGAUUAUUUCUACAGGACCACAAAGACUGAGGAGGGCUUCGUGACAGAGUUAGUCACGCCUGCAUUUGGCAACAGGAUCUUUCAGGGCCUGCCAUGUGCCACGGAGAAAGAUGCACAGACCAGUGCAGCCCGGCUCUUCUGCAACGAUCCCCGGGCAACUGUGGAAGCAGCCUUGCUUCCACCACAAAAGUACAAGUGCCGGAAGCGUGCUGGAGGCGGGGGCAAGCAAUGGGCUGCGCGCCAGGGGCUGACCUUGCGCCAGUACCAAGGUAAACGGGCUGACAGAAUCCUAGAUCACUUUCGUGCAUCGGGCUGUAGAGCACGUGCCGAUGACAAGAGCUGA